AUGAAUAACGGAAGCAAUAACGUCGCUGCUGCGGACAGGAGCACUCCUUAUACUGCUCACAGCUUUAACUUUCAGAACACUUCUGUUGGAUGCGGUCCUUCUGGGGCUGCAGCUCCUUCAGAAGCAACAAGCGCCAUUCCUCAAGAAAUCUUCAAGAAUGCCGCUAAUCCCCUUUUGGCAGCUGCUGCUAAUAGUGCUUAUGCGUCCAACAAAGCCAAGGAUUCGCUAUUGCAGCACAUGGCAACCUCGUUCAUGGCGGCUAACAACAACAAGAACAACAGGCGCAGCAUGCCUGAAGCUCCUUCCGGCCUCUUUGACAACCGCAACUCGUUGGAUCCUUCCAGCGCCAUUGCCCAAGCAACUGCCGUCGUUGGCGCACCAACAGCUACUGCCGUGCCAAACACUACCACUUCGUUGAGUCGCCUGAAUGCUGCAACAAACGCAUCCGCUCUUUCCGCUAGCAACAUGCUCAAUAAUGGCAAUGCUUUCUCUACACCAGAAGAUCUCUUUGAACCUAUUGAUUUCAACAGCUCUUCUGCUUUCGUGGGAGGAAUGUUUGAUUCUUCAUCUUCAUCCAACAUGAACGGACAGCAAGACAAUGCUCUAUCUCGAAUGCUCUCCAUGGCAUUGGACGAGGUCACUACUGGGUUUGACUCGGAUCCCAUUGCUAUUGACUGCAAUUCUCUGUUCAACAUGGAUCCUUUCCAACAGCAACUGCAAGAACAACAACAACAAGUCCAAUCACGCCAACCAAUGUUCUCCCAAAAUACCUUUUUGCAAUCUGGUGCAAACAACAACAAGCGUAUCAUGCCUCUGUCUGUGGAUGUCACUGCCAACACUCCCAACAAGAGAGCCCGCAUUGCUGCCAAGGAAGACGAUGACUCCAAGGCUCCCCGCUUCCGACCAUACCAAGAAAAGCAAUGGGUAGAGCAGUUUGAUGAACUCCUCAAGUUCAAGGAAGAACGCGGCCAUUGCUUGGUCCCUCACACAUUCGAAGAGAACCCUACUCUUUCCAGAUGGGUCAAGCGUCAACGUUACCAAUACAAGCUAAAACAAGAAUUCAAGCCAAGUACCAUGACUGAUGCUCGCAUUGUCAAGCUCGAAAAGGUUGGCUUUGUCUGGGACUCGCAUGCUGCCGCUUGGGAAGAGCGCCGCAACGAGCUGGCUGCCUACAAGGCCGAGUACGGGGACUGCAACGUCCCCUCCAACUACCCCCAGAAUCCUCAAUUGGCCACAUGGGUCAAGUGCCAAAGACGCCAAUGCAAAUUGUUUUGGUGCGGCAAGACCAGCAACAUGACUGCGGAUCGAUUUGCCUCGCUGAAUCAACUGGGAUUCACCUGGGAACUCCGUCAUGGAAGUACUACCAGCACCAAGAUGGCCGCACAAGCCAUGGGAAACCUUUCCUAUUAA